CCGCUCCUGCUCUCCCACCCCUGGUGAAAACUGCGGGCGCCGGGCGGGGUGCAGCAACUGGAGGCAGCGGCGCAGCGGAGGAGACUGCAGCAGCGGAGGACCGGAGCCCAGGUCCAGGACUGAGCUCUCGGCACCAUGAACCCCACCAUUGGCAUCGCUCUCCUGCUGACAGUCUUGCAGGUGGCCCGUGGACAGAAGGUGACCAGCCUGACGGCCUGCCUGGCAGACCAGAGCCUUCGUCUGGACUGCCGCCAUGAGAAUACCACCGCCACGCCCAUCCAGUAUGAGUUCAGCCUGACCCGUGAGACAAAGAAGCACGUGCUCUUCGGCACCGUGGGGGUGCCUGAGCACACAUACCGCUCCCGGACCAGCUUCACCAGCAAGUACAACAUCAAGGUCCUCUACUUAUCCAGCUUCACCACCAAGGACGAGGGGCUCUACACAUGCGAACUCCGCCUCUCUGGCCAGCCUCCUGUUGUCUCCAACAAGACUGUCUCUGUGCUCCGAGACAAACUGGUCAAGUGCGAGGGCAUAAGCCUGCUGGCCCAGAACACCUCGCGGCUGCUGCUGCUCCUGCUGUCCCUGCCCCUCCUGCAGGCCAUGGAUUUCAUCUCCCUGUGACUGGUGGGCCCGCGAGGACACAGGAAGCUACAAGGCCCAGUCCAGUGAUCUUACUUCUCUGCGUCGGCUGACCCCCUCCCCCAAUCCCUCACACACCUCGGGGAGAAAUGGGGACCCCACCCCUCAUAAGGAAUCCCAGUGCUGCAUGCCAUUACCUCCCACUGCCGCCCCAGACCCUCUCCGCACGCCACUGGCUGUCUUUUUGUACUUUUUGUUCCAGAGCUGCUUCUGUCUGGUUUGUUUAGGGUUUAGCCUUCCUUUUCUUUUGGAGUUUGUGAAAAGGGAAGCCAGGGUUGGGGACCUGAUGGAGAGUGAGUGUGUGGGAGGGGCAGUAGGAUGGAAGGGAACCAGUCCCUAGGGGGUCAUCCUUGCCCCCUGGGACCAGAGGCCUGGGAGAGACUUGGAUGAGGAGGGGAAUAGGGUGUGUCUGGGCCUAGCGCAUCCCUCAGCAGGCAGGGAUGGCGCCUGAAGACCCUAGAUGUGAGGGCACCACCAGGCACUUGAGGCCCGUCACUUAAGGAGAACUGAGCAUCUCCAGGAGCAGUCUCUGCCACAGCAAAAAAGCUGUCUUCUGACCACUGUCCCCUAAGGGCCUGGGGCCUGGGGCGUGGUCCAUUGAAAAUGCAGAUUCUGCCCAGGGAUCAGUGCUAAUGGAAGGUUGAGGGGAGAGUAGAAGGGAGGGUCCAUCAUCCCUCUCUACCUGAGGAAGCUAAAAAAUGGGAGCCUACUGUCCCCCACUGUCUCAACCAGCAACUGAGAGGGUAGCAGAGGAGGACAAGCCCCAUCCCAGGCUGUCCCAAGCUCCUAAGAGCUUCUGGAACCCUGACCUGGGGGCAGUAAGGCAGGCCAGAUGGAGCCCCAGCCCCGUGCAAGUUUGGCCCAAGUGUUGCUCCAGGAGGCUCUUCCUUCCCUCCCCUGGCAGUGCCAGCCCCUGCCCCGCAGGCCUGCCUUCUCAGGGACCUCUGGGGGCCUGAGGCAGGCCAUGGAGUGAGACCCAGGAGUGGGACAUACUCAAGAGAUGGCUUUUCCCAACACCUACCUCCCCACCCGACGGCUCUGCCCUGUCCUGUGACCGUGUGUAGUGCCACCAGAGCUUAUGGCAUCUCACUGAGGAAAACGAAAACUGCACAAUAAAACCAAGCCUCUGGAA